AUGUGUGCAGAAUUCUGUCCUCACUCGUUUCUAAUCGCUGUUUAUCCAAAACCGGUGGCAGAAGUCGCCAAGUUAAUUCAAAAAGGAGAAUUGUCUCUAGAAGCCGGGCUGAAAAUGUUCCCGGUUAGCAAGGAAACCACCAAAAAAUCAAAGAAUAAAUUUGUGCUCGACGACAUGUUGGAGAGAAAAUUGGAAGAAAUGAAAAAAAUGGCGCCGCUCAAAGUCGAUGUGUCCCCCAAACAGGUCUCACCAGCUCAAAUGGGUUCCAGCCUGAGCACUCCAGGAUUUGGCAAUGCUUCAGGACCUGUAACUUUCAUGUCUGUGGCGGGGGAAUCUAGUCAAUCGAACCUUCCGAUGCUCCCGGAAAGAUCGGUAGGAGCUGUGUAUGAUCCACUUUUUUGGUUUCACGAGAUGGAAACAGGGCCUGACUUCUCAGGAUCUUCUGGAUCUUUCAACUCUUCUGGCUCUGCAAUACAAGCCAUGGGGUCAGGGACCUUCAACUUUCCAUUAAGAUCCUCUGGAUCAUCCUCUGUACGACCUGGUUCAGGAUCCGUCAAGCGUUCAGGUUCUGGAACCUUCCAUGGAACUCCUGCAAGUGCUUUUGGGGACUCUGUUGGCUCAGGCCUCCAGCCAGGGUCCUCCACGGGAUCUUUGAGAUUCUGCAACUUUUCUGGAAUCUCGGCGCUUCCUGGAUCCUUGGAAUUGUUCAGAAACUUCCCAGGAUCUUCUGCUGGGACUGCUCAAGAAUCCACCGACCUUCUAACCGCCUUCCCAAUACUUAAAACACCGAUCCUUCAUCUCAAAGUUCUCAAAGACUUCCCAGAUACUGCAUGGUCGAACCGACAUGUGACACUAGUGCUUCACGAGAUUGCUCGCCAACUUCCGUGGGCUCGACAGGAAGCUAUCAGCAAGCUUCUCGAGAGAUUAGGCUACGAUGCUCGGAGGAUCCAUGAGAUCAUGGCUGGAAACUCGGCCAUCGACCAGGCUUCCAAUGAUCUUCAGGCGGUGCAAGCGAAAAUUCAGAUCCUUGAAGAACCAGUUGAAGAUCAAACUUCGAAAAAGGUUGUGCUCCAGGAUCCUACUAAAGAUCAAAAGUUCCACGGAGAAUCGGUACAGCAGGUGGUGCUGGAAAAGAUCGGAGAAUCCGAGAAGGAUCAGAGGAAGAUCGAGGAUCAGGUCCUCCAGGAGAAUCUGGAGGAGCUGGAGUUUCCAGGCCGGCCAGCAGAGGUAGAGGAAGAUCCUAAGGUGCAGGUGGAGGGAAUAUCCAAGAAUCGAGUUGAGGAAGACGAUGAAGUUGAGCUACUGGAUCAUGAAGAUCUUACAAUCGCAACGCCUCUGUCCCACAUGCAGGAUGUCACUGAAAAUAUUCAGAAUUUGGAUGCGAAUGCUGCAGAACCGAUCGAAAAUCCACUGGCUGCAGCUGUUGAAGACCAGAUAGCAAAGGAUCCCAAGAUCCUUGAAGAGGUUCAAAUACAGGAUGACAUGCACCCUCAGAAUCCAGCACUGGAGUCCGAAGAUCUGAUGGAAGCACGAGAAGCUCAGACUGUUCAGGAUUUCAUUGAAGAUCCAGUUACAGAAGUUGUUGAAGAAGUGACUGAACUACCUGAAGAUCGCAAGGAUCCUGAAGCUCUCCACGAGUUGGAAAAUCACAAUGAUCCCACAGCUGAAGACGUCGAACCAGAUUCUGUAGAUUUUAUGGAUCUUUUGGUAGAUUCGGACGAGGCUCUGGAAAAAGUAGAGCUUAAAGAUCAGAAAGUAUCGGAGCAAGAGACUUCAGCAAAAGACCAGAAGAAGUCGGAAGCAGAUAAGGAUCUUUCAGGAGAAGGAUCAGAGGAUCAGGCGCCGGAGUUGGGCAAGGGAAAGGAUGAAUCAGUAGAAUCCAAAGAUCCAGAGGUCGCGGAAGCAAAUCUAAUUCCUUCAGUCCAGAGAUCAGGUGAUCUCCAGGCGACCGAUUCGAAAGAGAGCCAUUCUGACAAAGAAUCCAAGGAUCCACAGGUUAUCGACGCAAAUAUGGAUCGUCCAGACCAAGGAUCAGAGAGCAAAGAUCCUUCACCACUAGAAUCCAAAGAUCACCAGGUACUAAAGGUGAAGAUUCUUCCACGAGAAGGAUCGGUAGAAUCCAAGAAUCACCAGGCCCAGGAAGCAGGCAUGGUUCACCCAGCCCAUGGAUCAGAGAGCAAGGGCACAGAGGAUCCCAAUGUGUUGGAGCCAUCUCCACCGGCUCCUAAGAAUCCAGUUGAACAUAACCUAGAAGCCCAGAAUCCAACGGAUCCUCCGAUCUUGGCAGACCCAGCACCUCCAAUUCGAAUCAAGAGAAAGUAUGUGAGAAAAAUGAAGGUUCCAGCAGCGGUAGGUGAUGUGAAACCGACGAGAAGGACUCAAAAACGAAAGAUGCUUGAGGAUCGGGAUAGAACAUCCAUGGAAGAAGUGGUAGCUAAAACUGAAAAGAAAGAUCAACCUGAAGCAUCAGAAGAUCUGUCUGAUUCUAGGGAAGAAUUGUCAGUAGCUGCUGGACCACAGGCACCAAAGAAACGAAGAAGAGGAAGGAUGAUGGAGGAUCCAGAAACUGCUAGGAAGAGAAGAAAAGGUAGAAAGCUGGAAGCAUCAGAAGAUCCACGAGAUCAAUCUGGAGCACCAUCUGGAGCACCUGAACCCGUGAAGAAGAAAACAUGGAGCAGGAGGAAGAAGGUUGUGGACCCGUCCGAGAUGGUACCACAGAUGAAUACAAGAAGAAGAAAGAUAUCGGAAAGAUCGGAAUACCCAGCUGAAUUGGGACCAGUGAGGAGGAGGAAAAGAAAGAGGGAUCCUGAAGUGGAUGCUGGUGCGCAGAAGGAUCAGGGAUCAGCUACAAUGGUCUGCUUGAAGAUCCGAUUCGACGGCAUACCAAAGAUCAGGGAUCCGGCAAAAUCCGGCUCGGCUGAAGAUCAAGAAUUGUCCAAUUUCACUAGUUCCGAUGUUCUCCUGGGUCAAGGAUCAGGCGUGUGUUCUACGUCUCCGCCGGCUACAAGAACCUCAGAGGAUCAAGAUUCUACUCAAGGAUCUGAAGAUCAGUCUGAUCCAACAUCCAGGAUCCCUACCUGUUUUGAGGUUUCCAUGGAUCCCCCGAUAUCCGAGCCGAUCAUUGAAGCAGCUAUAAAAAAUCAGGAUCCUCUGAUCUUUAAUGCUUCCGGUGAGUCAUCUGAAGCGUCAGCGUCGUCGGAAGCAGGUCCGAAGAGAAUCGGAGAAAUCGUUGAAGAUCAGGGUUUCCAGAAUCUAGGAAAUAUCCCUGGACAAGAUGAUUCUACGGGAUCUGUUCAAGGAUCUGAGACAAACAAAGAUUUUGAACCGAUGAAACCAGAGCUUCAAGAUGUAGCUGGAACAGAUCAGACAAGGAUCCUGCUUGCUACUAGUCCUGACUCUGAAGCUUCAGCUAACGACCAUGACGCCAAGGAUCCCAACACUGAAACCACCUUCAAGAAAUUGGAAGCCGAGAAGCCUCAGGAUCAAUUUCCCAAAGUGACAGUUCCAAAGGAUCAGAAGCUGGAAAGUUCUGAAGAUCCAGGCAACAAGGGCACAGAUCCUAACCAGCAGGAUCUAAUGAUAGUUAAAGGAUCGGAGGAGCACAGUAUAGAUUUGGUUGAGCUGAUUCAGGAGAAGGCUAGCUACCAGGGAUCAGAGAAUCACAUGGAGAUAGCUCAGCCGUCUGUGUCUUCUGAAAUGAGCUCUGAUCUUCCAGCCGGACCCCACCAUGUCUUGAAGGAGCAGAGGCGCGACACUUCAAGCUUCUCCGCAGAAUAUCUGAGGGCAGACUUGAAGAAGAUCGUCAAGAACAUUUCGAUCGCAGAAGAGCAGCCGUCGCAGGAUUCCACAAAUCCUCCCAAUUCGGAAGAUAAAGACUGCAGGAAAAAACGAGAGCUUCUUCCUCAAUUGGAUCCAAGAUCACAGAUAGCCAGAGAAGAUCUGAAGCCUAAGAUCUCGACACCUGAAGAAUCGGAAGAUCCUGCCAGAUCGCAAGUGACAAGGAUCAGGACAACUUCAAAGCCUAGCCAAAGUCUGAAGAUCGCAGAAAAAGGAGGAGAUGCAGCUUUGUCGCCAAACUUGGAACAACACCAAAUGCCACUAGAUGCUCAGAAGGAGUUACUCAAGGAGAUCUCGGAACAAGAUGGAGAAGAUCAGCGAAGCUUCAGAACCUUCAGGAUGGAUCUGAAGCCUAGUCAAGAUGAAGAAGAGCUGGAAAGCCUGGGUACUUCGUCCGCAAUGCAGGAUUGUCCAGGAAGCGUUAAAGAUCCUCGAAUGCAGGAGGUGCAAUUGCGGAGACAAAAUCAUUCUUUGGAGGAUCUUCGCAGACCACAAUUGGAUCAGGCGGAGCACCUGGAGCCAAACCAGGAUGGAGUUGAGCGGAGAGAUCGGAGGAUCGGAGGGAUCGCAACUCUGCUGUCAGCAUCACAUCAGGAUUGCCAAACGGGUUCGGAAGAACCUCAAGUGUCUCAGGUAGUUCCUGAAUCUCCAGCAGCCACGGAAAGGCAGGAGCCGCUCUCACCACAGGAUAGUGGCGAUCCCGUCGGGCCCCCAGCAAUCAAGAAGGGCAAACUCUCAAGACAACCUGGACGAAGAGAAGGUCAGAAGCCUCUUCUAGGGCCGUUUCAAAGAAGAUCAGCAGAUCCUCAGGUGGACAAUGUCGGAUCCCAUGAAGUUCGGAAGGACUCAAAGAUCUUGGAUCAACAAGAACGUCUGCAAGAUCACCAUGGCAUCUGGAAGCCUAGCGAAGAGCAACCCAGCAGUGCCUCGGAUCUUCCUAUCUGCAGCUCUGAUCCUAGCCUCAGUGUUAAUGAUGGUAGAUCAAUCAGAGACUCAGGGCCUUUGAAGCUUCCAACCUCUGGUCGGCCCAGCUUCAGGCCUUACCGGAGGCCACAAGAAAGAUCCCAGGGAUCCCAUGAAGCCGCUCAGGCUUGUCGUCGAUGCUCUGAAGCUGACCAUCAUCCUUCAGAUGAUUCCAUAAUCGACCUGAUGAUCGAUACCUCGAAUCCAAGAAGUCCUCCAAUGCCGUUUUUACCCGAAGAGAAGCCCAAUGCAAUCCAGGCCCAUCUCCAGAAGCUCGCCGCCUACCAUGCCUUCCGGUGCCUACCUACUCCUGCCAUAUCCCGAUUCCUGCCCCGCCCCCGCCAAAACACCGAACCACUCGUCGACAUGGAUAAAUUUUUGGAUUACAUGAUCUGGAGCCUAGGAUUCGGAGAAUCUCUCCGAGUUGCCAUAAAACUUCCAAGCUGGCUCUUCGCUGUGGAGCUCUUCGAGCAGCUGAGCUUCAGGGAUUCGAAGCUCGAGCUCAGAUUCUUGAAAAAUGUGGACUUCGUUGGCCAAAUCCUGGGGCAAGCUGUCAUGUGGGCCAGGAAUGAGGUGGUUAUUGAGGAGGAGUUGAUCCAAAUCCUCAAUAACCAUGGCCAGGCUCGGGAGUACAACUUUUUCUAUGCCUUCAUCGAGGCACAUGAUUUGACUGCAAAGAAGAUGCUCCCUCCUCCCGAGCUGGCUCAUCGAGAAGAACACGUGAUUAUCUGCUGCCUCAAUUUUGUCUCAGACAAAUGGAUCGAAGGCAUCAGAAUCACGGUCACGGAGCUCAUGGCCUUCCUGAUCACCAUGAACCAUUUCUCCACGGAGAAAAUCUUCAAGAUCGGAGGAUUUCCGAGGAUUCUGGAAAUAUUCGAAAAAUAUUUUCCAUUUCCACGAAGAUUGGAGCAAAUACGCCCUAUUGAACAGUGAUUUCUCUUAUCACUUUUUUUUGGUGAUUCGAUUAAAUAGCUGAUAAGAAGGCACCCCCACGUACCAAUUUUGCCCAUUGUCGGAUUUUCUUGUACUCAAUUUUUCUGCAUAUAUUAUCGAAUUUUUAUUGUUGUUUGUAUUUUUCGAACUUUUUUUAGUAAUUUUUUUUCUGAAUUUUCCCCCAAUUUCUUCACUUUUUUCUCAUUUUCACCCAUUUGAUUGUAUAUAAAUCUCAUGCUAAUGA